UUCACAUUGAAUGUUUUUGUUUGAUCGAUUCAUUAUCACACCACUAACGACGACAAUAACAUCAUGACACUCAAACAUUGUUUAGAUGGAUAUGAAUUCCAUUCGAAAAAACUUGGUGAAGGUGGAUUCGGUAUCGUAAGACUUGCCAUACAUCAAAUGACUGGACAAAAAGUGGCCGUGAAAAUUGUUGAAAAACGUAAAUUACCAAAAGAUUUGCAUCGUAUUAAAAAUGAAGUUGAUGCAUUGAAAAAGCUUUCACAUCCAAACAUCGUGAAACUAUUACAAUACGCUGAAAAUGACGAUUUCAUCUAUUUGAUAAUGGAAUAUUGUUCUGGUGGUGAAUUGUUCGAUCAUCUGUUGUCGAAACGUUUAUUGGAAUCAGAAAGUAAACAGAUAUUUGGUUUAUUGGUCGAAAUAUUGUAUUAUAUUCAUUGCAAAGGUAUUGCACAUCGUGAUAUUAAACCGGAAAAUAUCCUGUUUGAUGAUAAAAUGAAUAUAAAACUCAUUGAUUUUGGCCUCUGUGCUUGUUCGGAUACUAAUCCAUACGGGACGUUGGAUUGUCUAUCCACGGCAUGUGGUUCACCGGCAUAUGUAGCACCAGAACUAAUACAAGGUUCUCGUUAUUCUGGACCACCGGUGGAUGUUUGGAGUGCCGGUGUUUUGCUCUAUGUUUUAUUGACCGGAACAUUACCAUUUGAUUCAGAAAAUUUGGCAAAAUUAUAUAAUUCUAUCAAGGAAGGUCGUUACAAAAUGCCUGUACAUUUAAAUACAGAUGUUAAAGAUUUAAUACGUCAAAUGCUUUGUAUUGAUCCAGAAAAACGUAUUACAGUCGAAGAAAUCAAACGACACAAAUGGAUGAUGAUGGGAAAUGUUGAUAAAUUGACCAAAAAAUUCGAACACAACAAUAAUAAUAAUAACAAUAACAAUGUAGAAAAUGAAGAUGAAAUGUUGAUUGAUGAAAAAAUUCUACUCAAAUGUUUGGUAAAAUUUCCACAUCUAGAUAUUGGCCAACUUCGUCGUUUGAUUCGAGAAAAACUUGGUUAUCAUCGUGCCACAUAUUUUUUGAUUAAACAAAAACCUGAAUUAUAUCCGGAUUUUGAUCGAAAAAUUCAUGAAAGAACAAAUCGUCGACGUAGUCGUUCAUUUAAUCAUGAUAAUCAAUUACCCAUUUUAAAGAAAAUCGCCAAUGAUGCUAAUCAUCAUCUUAUUGAAUCAGCCUCACAAUCAACACCACAAGAGACACCGAAACGAACAAUAAAUGCUAAUGGUGGUUGCAAAAAAACAACUGCUCCACCGGCUACAGAAAAUAUUCAACGAUUUGGUGGUGGUCUACGUUUUACGCCUGUUGCUAAUAGUAAACAUGUACAACUUCCAGUUAAACGUGCAACACCAAUUAAUCGAAAUCUUUUCAAUCAAGACGAUGAAAGUUCGCAAAUGAAGAUUGUUCAAAAGAAAAUGAUGGCUAAAAAUGAACAUCGUCAAACACCGGUAAAGAAGAAAAUUUCAUCCGAACAGCAGCAACAACUUAAUAUCAGCAACAAAGAGAAUUUAGCGAAUAAAACUACUACGACGACGACAACGCCUACACCAAAGAAAACAUUAUUGAAAUGGAUAAAAGAAAUUGCAAGUCCACGACCAACCAAUAUGCCAAGACGUAUAUCAUCACAUAAUCGAAAAUCAUUGAAAAAUGUUUUUGCUACGAAAUUUUUCGAUGCCGAUAAAUGUCGUAGUGAAAUUAUCAGAUUAUUCAUGGACAGACAAAUCAAUUGUCAAGAGAAAAAUUACACGAUACGUUGUGUAAUGUCAGGCAAGAAUAUCAUAUUAUUGACAUUUGAAUUGGAAAUAUUCAUAUGUUGUGAUGAUAAACGAAUUGUCGUGCAGCAUAAACGUAUACGAGGCGCAUCUUGGGAUUAUUUUAAAUUGAUGAAUGAUUUAAAAUUACAAAUGAAUCUUAAUUAUGUUGAUUGAUGAUAUUAAUAGUUUGAAUCUAUGAAUUAUUAUUAUUAUUAUUAUUACUAUUACUAUUGAUUAUUGUUAUAUUACUAAAAAAAUUGUAAUCGAGAAAAACAUUGGAAUGCUAUUCGACAAAAAAUUAAUCUAAAUCAUCAAUUAUUAUUGUGAAAAUAAAACUCAAAUUCAAAUUAUUAA